GCCUGCCGAAGUGGCAGCGGUGAAUGGUGAGAGAUAAUCCUUUGCUCGACCACAGACACACACCAUCCCCCGAGCUGCCUCCUGGAUCUGGCUCCGGAUCUGGAUGCGGGCAUCCUUUGGAUUUUACGCUUAACAACACGGACCCCCACUGCAAAGAAAACUUAAUCGGGACAACAAUGGUGGCUGAAUACGCGGCUGCUGGCCGUUUAGGGGACCGGGGAGUGCGCUCCGUGUGACAUUCACUUGCACGCUGGUGUGGAGUUUUUAUUGUUCUGGUCCCGUAGACGCAGAGGCACAGCGGCGAAUCUGUGGAGAAGAUGUUGAGCCGAUUCAUGAGUGGCAGCCUCAGGAAUCUGGAGCGGGAAUACAGCUGCACUGUCAGGCUGCUGGACGAUUCAGAAUAUACGUGCACCAUUCAGCGGGAUGCAAAAGGACAGUAUCUGUUUGACCUCCUCUGCCAGCAGCUAAACCUACUGGAGAAAGACUACUUUGGCAUCAGAUAUGUGGAUCCAGACAAGCAGCGGCACUGGUUGGAGUUCACCAAAUCAAUUUCAAAGCAAAUGAAAUCUCAGCCUCCGUUCACCAUGUGUCUGAGAGUAAAGUUCUACCCUCCUGAUCCUGCUGCUCUCAAGGAGGAAAUCACUCGAUAUUUGGUCUUCCUGCAGCUAAAGAGAGACCUCUACCACGGCCGCCUCCUGUGCAAAACCUCAGAUGCUGCCAUGCUGGCUGCCUACAUCCUUCAAGCCGAGAUUGGUGAUUACGACCCUAGGAAGCAUCCUGAAGGUUACAGCUCCAAAUUUCAGUUCUUUCCCAAGCACUCGGAGAAACUGGAGCGCCGGAUCGCAGAAAUACACAAAACUGAGUUGAUCGGACAGACUCCUGAAACAUCAGAGCGAAAUUUCCUGCUGAAAGCCCAGAUGCUGGAGACAUAUGGUGUUGAUCCGCAUCCAUGUAAGGAUGUGUCGGGGAACCCCGCUUUUCUCGCCUUCACGCCAUUUGGCUUUGUGGUUCUUCAGGGAAACAAGAGAGUUCACUUUCUUAAAUGGAACGAGGUGUCCAAGCUCAAAUUCGAAGCCAAGACUUUCCACAUAUAUGCAAAUCAGAAGGAGGACAGAAAGAUCAUUUUAACGUACUUUGCGCCCACGCCGGAGGCAUGCAAGCACCUUUGGAAGUGUGGCGUGGAGAAUCAGGCGUUUUACAAGCUUGAGAAGUCCAGCCAGGUUCGCACCGUCUCCAGCAGCAACCUGUUCUUCAAGGGCAGCCGUUUCCGCUACAGUGGAAGAGUAGCGAAAGAGGUGAUGGAGCAAAGUGCCAGAAUCAAACGUGAACCUCCAGAAAUACACAGGGCUGGCCUUGUGCCCAGUAGAAGUUGUCCAUCCAUCACCCAUGGGCCUCGCCUCAGCAGUGUUCCCCGUACACGUCGGAGAGCUGUGCACAUAUCUAUCAUGGAGGGUCUGGAGUCUUUGCGUGACAGUGCCCACUCUACACCGGUGCGUUCGGUGUCCCAUGGAGAGUCUUUCCUACCACGGUCCCGCAGCCACGCUACAGAUGCCAGCGAGGGGAUGGCAGUCAUCUCGGACGAGGCCUACAGUCCCUCAGACAGCGUCCUUCCCACCCCGGUGGCUGAACACAGCACAGACAUGUCCGUCUCACGCCAAAUAAACGGCGCGCCCUGCAGCAUCGAGGAGGAAAAGGAGUCGGAGGCGGGCACCCCGAUGCGAGGGGAUGGGGGCGAUUUCGGGGCGGACGGUAGAGCUGCACAGGAAGGAGCAGGGGAGGACUCAGCCCUGAGCGAGGUGGAACAGGUGAAUAAGUUCGUCUUAAGCGUCCUCCGCUUGCUCCUCGUCACCAUUGGACUCCUUUUUGUCUUGCUCCUCCUCCUUAUCAUCCUCACCGAGUCAGACCUUGACAUCGCAUUUUUAAGCGACAUCCGUCAAACCCCCGAGUUCAAACAGUUCCAUUACGAGUACUUUUGUCCGCUCAGGCGGUGGUUCGCCUGCAAGCUCCGCUGGGUGGGCGGGUUGCUCAUUGACAACUGAGGGUGCGGUUGUAGCAUCACAAAGCCCGUUCAGGUUUGUGAGAAGACAGCUAGGCGUCUGGAGUGUCGAAGGACAACUUGAUCCGAACCAAGAACCCAGCUUCUCAUCUUCCUCCUGCAGAAAAAAACAAAACAACUCGGACCUCUCCUUCUAACACUAAGCCAGGAUCUUUCUCCCACCACCUAUACUCCUUAGUUGCAUCCCCCUCUCUCCUACUACCAUGUUUGUUUUUGUUUUGCUUAGCAAAGCCUGAAGACAUUUAUUUUAUUUUUUUUAUUUUUUGC